AUGGCGAGGGUGUUUUCAUUGUCGUGCCUCGUCUUCGGGCACAUCGAUGACCAACAUGCCACCACACUGUAUAGCGUUUCGGACGGCACGCGCCGCCCCUGCGAGGAGAUGGAGGAGGUGCUGCGCGGCAAGCGGAGCUGGGUGACAUCGCGCGGCUGGCUGCUCCUCUGGGACCCGGCGACGCUCGCCACCAUCCUGUGGAACCCGCGGGCCGCCGCCUCUGAUGGUGACAAGAUCGCGCUGCCGCCGCGGGCUUCGCCGCCGGCGUCAGGCACCGACGGCGCGCUGUCUGGUGAGCCCACGGAUCCCGGCGGCUGCACGAUGGUCGUUCUCGAGCGGUAUAGGUCGAGCUCGGAUGAAACGACCAUGUGGUACUGCCACGCCGGCGGCACGCCGUCGCCGUGGGACAGGUACGUGUACGACCUGGGCGGCGUGCGAACCCCGUGGGGCAAAUUCGCGAAGCGGUUCAUGUCUGGCCUCGCGGCGUGCGGCGGCAAGUUCUACUGGUCGGUCAGGGCGGCCGAGGUGGAUCUCGCGGGCAAGAGGUUUAUCAGGGUGGGCAGCAUUGGCGACCGGGCCAUCCUCGCCGGCGGCUCGAGCUACGCUUUCGCAGGCUGGUGCCCGGCCAACGAGUUUGGGCAGCUGCCCAACAGCGUGUACUGGAUACACCCCUACGACGGCCGCAUGUACGUGUACGAAGUUGGAUUCAAUACGGAGGAAGGGGGCGCUCCUGUCCAGAGACCUAGCCGCCUCCUCUCUCCCUCCCUCCCGCGCGCCUCCUCUCCUCCCCCCGCCUCCCGCAGCCACAUCGCCGCCGCCGCCACCAGCCUCCCCACUCGGGCGAACCCCUCUCCUCUUCCCCCGCCUCGCCUCUCUCCCUUCCCCCGUCCAAACCCUAGGCCCGCGCCAGCCAGCCGCCGCCGCCGCCGCUCGCCCAGGCCAUCCUCCCGCUGUGAAGGAAGCGGCCAGAGAGGAAGGGCGUCGCCGGGUGUGCGCGUGCCUCCGCGGAUUCGUGCCACGGUUGCCGGAGGCGUGGGCGCCGUGGGUCAACCGCACCGGGGAGGAUGGGGGCGCCACAAGCCUCGUCGGAGGUCGCCUCUCCAGAUCGGUGGAGGCCAAGGGCAAGGGCAAGGAGGAGGGGAGAAGAAGACCUUCGGCCAGCUGCGGGAAGCCGCCGCUGGCGUCCUCCGCGGUAUCCACCGGCGCCGGUGGCGGGCAGAAGCGCAAGUGCCACGACCACGCGCACUCCGAGAACGUCGCCGGCGGAAAGUACGGCGCCUCCGGUGGCCGCUGCCACUGCUCCAAGCGCAGGAAGUCCCGGGUUCGGCGGAUGACUCGCGUGCCGGCAAUCAGCACGAAGGCGGCAGAGAUCCCCGCGGACGACUUCUCGUGGCGCAAGUACGGCAGAAGCCGCCUGUGGAGAAUGCCCUGGACUCAGCAGUUGACGCAACUCGGUUGAGCUGCGGUGCACUAUAUUUAGCUGAUUUUAUUGGGAAGUGGUGGAACCAGGGAGGUGGGAAUAAUUUCAGUAUUAAAACUGUGGGGGAAAGCAGACACGUAGGCGGGGGCGGCCGCGAGAACUACGACAAGCGCAUGCACUGCCUGUCCAAGGAGGAGGUCGUCGUGCAUGCGCGGAUGCGUCGCCGGGCCCAGUUCUCCUGCCGCACCUUCCGCAACAUCAUCGUCCUCUCCAUCAUCACUGAGGAACAUUAUUUAUCGAGUUUUGGAUCAGAUGCGGGGAUUUCUCCUGAACUCCACCGCCUCAAGCUGUCGUAGUUGGUGUUGUCCGUGCUGGAUUCGAUUGACCUACCAUUGUCUGCUACCGUGAGAGGUAGGUCCGCUGCGGGUGCUCGUGCUUCUGGUUGAUUCGUCCUGCUGCGCCGGUCUUUGUUCUGCAGGGCCAUGUCUGUUGGUGCCACGAAACGGCCGUGGCACUGCUUGUGUGAGCCACGACGGCGCUACCCGCGCGCCUGCCCUGAAACGCUGCCGCGAGCCGAGCCGCCGGCGUUCAUCUGGAGAAGCGCGGGAAGAAGAAGAUGGGUUAGAUGUUCAACGAAAUGAUUCUUCGGCAUCCAAGCUAGGUUUAUAUGGCAUCAAAGGCCACGGCGCAUGCUGUACUGACAGAUAGUUCAGUCCAUCGUAACCAUAGUGCCCUCACCAUAACAUGAACAACAGAGGGCCGGUGCGCUCACCAUGACCUUGAUGGCACAACGGAAGUUCGAGUCCUCUGCAGAGAAGCAUCCAGUGGCGGAGGCUAUGAGGUUGCAUUCUUAUUUCUCCUAGGACUAUGUUUAAACAUUCAACAACUCCGGCCAACAUAUGAAACAAGGCCAAGUCUCGCAUGGGGAUGUAGCCCAUCCUCUGCUUGCUUCCAGCAUGGCGCCGGCCGGAUCCACCUCGGCCACAACCACGACACUGACAUUGGCAGCCAUGUGCUUCUUCUCCAUCACCACAAAAUGAGAAUGCAAGGCACAAGCAAGGGAAGACCAUCGCUUCGCUCCUCUGGGCCGCCGCUGCUCCAACCCUACUGGACGCCAUGCAAGUAACUUUUUCCCGCCUUGCUGGAGGAGAUGAAGCACAUGGCAAAGCAGGAGUUCAUUGCGCACUUAAGAAGAGGAGGCGUCCUGGAGCGCGGUGGAGGCAUUUUGGGCGUGGAGCAUGGCCCGGAGCAUGGCCUUGCGGUUCCUGGAGCCUAGGGAGGCCAUGCGAGAAACCUGGGGCAGCAAGGUACUGCCUCUUGCUGCUCCUCCCCCAUGUCUGUAGCUCGCCUGGAGCUCCCCCAUGCCUUGAGCUCGCUAGAGCAGAGGCCUGCGGAGCGCUCCCUGGGGCAAGGCCUGGGGCGAUCUGCAGGGAGGAGCAGAGGCCUGGAGCUGCGGGCAGAAGAGGUCUGGAGCUGCAGGGAGGAGCAGAGGCCUGGAGCCAGCGGCGAGAUCUGGAGGCGACGACGAGAGGAAGGAGUGAAUCACGAGGGAGAGGGAGGAGCGGAUCGCCAACUUUUGAAUUGUAUAAGGAUGUAAUUGAAAAAUGAUGUUUAGUUCAAAAUGUGUGUUCGUUGCGACAGAUAUUUCGGGAGGGAGAAAGUACUAUUGACAUAGAUACACUUUAUUUAUCAAGGAUUUUUGUAUAUCAUAUUAUCACAGGAAAAUGAUCUAUGUAUGCACUUUUUAUGGUCA